CCUCACACCGCCUGCACAUCCUCUCGCCCAUCCGCACUCCACACUCCGCGUGCACCGCUGCGCACACACGCCAUGUUCGGCGCCGCAGCCGGCCCCAGCAGCUGCGCGCCGCCGCGGGCCCGGCGGCGGCCACGCUCCCGCCUCGUCGCCCUGUGCGGCCUGGCACUCGCAGCGGGCGCAGCUGCUCAGACGGCGCCGGCCACGACUGUCGCUCCGCGAUGGGGCCAGGCCGCCGCGCUCGUCGACAGCCUCUUUGUCGUGCACGGCGGCAAGACGCAGGGCAUCAAUGGCGGCGGCUUCACCUACACGGGCGCGCCGAAUUCGCCCGACGUGCUCACCCUCGACCUCGCACAGCCCUUUGCGCCUGCCGCAGCGCCGUGGCAGACGCUCAACACGAGCGGCGCGCCCGCCGUCGCCUUCCACUCGCUCUCGCCGCUCGGCGCGCGCCGCCUGCUCGCGUUUGGCGGCGACGCCAGCGGCACGCUGCCGAUCCAGACGAACAACGACUCGGCGUACGUGCUAAGCCUCGGUGACGCGGCCUGGACGCGCGCAGAGCCGGGCUGGGGCGAGCCCAUGCGCCGCAUAUACCAUGCCGCCGAUGCCGAUGCCAAGGGCAACGUCUGGCUCGUCGGCGGCGAGAAAGACGACGGCUCGAGUCUGUACUUGCCCGAGACGUGGGCGCUCGACGAUGCGUCUCGCUUCGAGUCGCUCGCUGCGCCGAGUGCCAGCCUCGUCGACGGCACAGCCACGCUGCUGAGCGACGGCACGCUGCUCAUGCUUGGCGGCCUCGACGCCAAUGGCUCAGCGCACGGCUUUGACUCGGUCGCCGCGUACUCGACGCGCAGCGGCAGCUGGUCGCUCAUUGGCACCGAGGGAGCCAAUACCUCGAGCAGCGCCAUUCCAGCGCCGCGUCGCGGACAUGUCGCCGUGAGCCUGCCGCACAAGCGCAUCUUCAUGCACGGCGGCGCCUCGGCCGACCUGUCGCAGGCGUACGGCGAUGCCUGGGUGCUCGACUGGAGCGUCACGCCGCCGUGCUGGACCGAGGUGCUGAGCCCCGGCGGGCCCAGCGCGCGCUACGGCCACGCCGCAGUGGCAUAUGGCCGCCAGGUGGUGCUCGGCUUUGGCUGGACGGGCGGCAAUGCCGCCGACACCACGGCACACGUCUUUGACGGCACGCUCAUGCAGAUGAGCAACGGCGUGUGGACGGGCGGAAGCUGGGCCAGCACGUACGUGCCGGAUCCGGAUGUGGCCAAGUCUGGCAGCACGCAGGGCAAGGGCGGCAACGGCUCGAGCUCGAGCGCGGGCGAUGCGGGCGACGGCGGCGGAUCGCCCAGCGAGGGCCGGCCGUUUGGCGAGCCUACGAGCUCCGGGCGACCGACCGACGUCGGCAGCAAGGGCGGCGUGUCGUCGGGCGCCAAGGCUGGCGCCGUACUCGCCGCGUUCAUCGGCGCUGGGCUCAUUGCCGGCGGCGCUUACGUGCUAUACCGCCGGCGCCAGAGCAGCAGCGGCUCUUACUACCGCUCCGGCGACGGCGGCGCGGGGCUGCUCAGCGGCGACGACGACGUGCAGAUGCUGGAGAAGGGCGGCGCAUGGGGCUAUGGACCGCCUCCGCCGAGAGGGCCCAAUGCAGCCGCAGCGUGGACCGCCGGCAACGUGGGCCAUGCCAUGGAGGGCUCGGGCCCGCACCUGCGCGAGCGUCUCGCCAUGCUCACCGGCAUCGGCCUCGGCGGCGGCGCCGCGGGCACGCAGCGCUUCGACAUGCUGGCCGACGAGGACGUGUACGACGAGUACGGGCAUCCACGCGCCGCAUCGCACCGCGCCUCGGCUGUGGACGACGUCGACGACGUGGAGCUCUUCUACCCGCAGCGCGUGCGCGAGCGCUCGUGCGGCAAGCUGGAUGCCGACGACGUCGAGGAGGACCUGUCGCUCGGCGACAUGGGCCGCGGCGCCGGCGAUGAGACGUACGGGCGCAGCGACAUGGGCGGCGGCGACACGUACGUCACGUCGCCGUUCGAGGACGAGGUCAUGCUCGGCGUCGGCACGCGCAUGGCGCGCAACGCCACGAUGCUGUCCGACGACGCACACUCGGACGAAGGGCCGUCGAACGACCACUCGACCGUCUCUGGCGGCAAGUCGUCGAACGAGGGUGUCGUGUCCUUCUCCGACGCCUCGCACUCGCGCCGCCAGGGCGGACCGGCCGGACCGCGCGCCAGUCCGGCGACUGGCAUGAAGCGCAGCGCCACGUGGUGGGACCGCAUCGUCGGGCAGGGCUUCCUCGAGCGCAGCGCCUCGGGGCGCAUGCUGACGGGCCCGCGCGCCGACGAGCCGAUCCGCGAUCCGGCGCCGGCACCAGAGCUCUCGGCCAUCCGCGAGGCCGAUCCGUUCGGAGACGAUGCUGCGCGCCUCGACGAGCAGGGCCGCCUGUCAGGCGAUUCUGCGGCGCUGGCUCGCAUGUCGAACGCAUACGGCGCCUCGGCGGCAAGCCUGCAGAGCGUGCGCACGGCGACGAGCUCCGUGCUCGAGGCGCAGCUGCAGGGCAUGGAUGUGGUGCAGCGCACGCGCACCGCCAGCAGCCGGCGCACCACGAGCACGGCCGAGAGCGAGGCGAGCCUGACGCGCGCCAACACGCGGCGCACGCGCCGCGAACGCACGCAGUCCGACGCCGAGGAGACGCCGGGCAACAUGGUGUGGGGCCCGGACGACUGGGCCGCCAUGCAGACGGUGCUCGAGGACGACUCGUCGGCGGAGCUGCCGUCGGUCGAUACCGUGCACGGCAUGUAUGCUAUUGCUUCUUCGUCGCAGCCGCUGGACGUCGCACGCGCGCCGUCGCCGUACAAGGCGCUCGUCGAGUCGCCCUCCGACCUGCUCUCUGAUCUGCCGGCCGAGCCAGCGGCACUCGCCUCGCGGCCGCAGCGCCAGCCAUCGCGCCGCCGCACCGCCUCGGACGCACCCAGCAUCACGCCGGCGACGACGAAGCGUGCGCGCGCCAACCCGCAGCUCACGGCGCCGCUGAGCCCCAUGGCGCGACAUGCUCCGCCGCCGCCGGCACGCGGCAGUGUGCGCGAGCGUGUACAGGCGUUCGAGCGGCAGGCGACGGGCGAGCGGCAAGCGACAGGCGAGCGUCUCGAGGGCGGCAUGCUCAGUCCCGACGGCCAGCUGUUCGCCUCGCCGCUUGCCAGCCCUGCCGACGAGGGCACCUCGCCGACAGCCACGAGCGGCAGCGCCUCGACGGGCGACUCUGCCAUGAGUCCGCGCAGCAAGGCGCGCGUCACGCACGGCCUCGUGCCCAAGGCGCAGCUCUUCGUCGCCAACCCGGAUCGCGAGGGCAGCGGCGGCAGCUGAGGGGCAGCCAUCCAACGCAGCCGCUGCGGCAGCGACCCUGCACCUCUUCUCCAACAUAGACACGACCUCAUCUUUCCCCUUAACGACGGAUUAACGACCGGCUCGGCUCCUUCUGACUUGUUACCCUCCCAUACCAUGCCCCGCCGGCGCUGCACACAGCAUGCCGGCGACCUGUCCAUGUACCUACCUGGCCCGUCACACACACACUUGCACGGCGCUCGAGCAAUGAAUGACUCGCGUCA